AUGACGAAAAGCUUCGUGGAGAUCAAUCCUGCUGCCAACACCGCUCUUCCUAACACAUCGACUCCCACAACAGAACUUAAGACAGAGACACCCCAACAACCGGACCCCUCCAGGAUAGAGGUGGUUUCGGUGACGGAGGAAGACCUCCCCACUGUUGAGACCCCCAAAACACUGAACGUCAGCCCCCUAGGCAGCUUUGCCCAAUCGGAGAACCAUUCCACCAAACCUGAAGAGCCCCGACCUCCAGCUGCACCGAGCCCCACCAUGCCAAUCACCAAGGUGCAGCCAUUCAUCAACGAGGAUGACUUGGAGAAAAGCUGGAGGAGCCGACUGUUGGCCCACCGCUUGGAGCUGCUAAUGGCUUCGUGCCUCAUCGUGGUGUUCACUCUCGCUCUUGGCAUUGGCCUUGGAGUGGGUCUGAGCUGUGUGGGGAAGUUUCGUUGUGGCUCAUCCUCUAAAUGCAUCAGGCCCUCGGCUCAGUGUGAUGGAGAGGUGGACUGUGACAAUGGAGAGGACGAGCUCGGCUGUGUGCGUCUCAGUGGGAGGAGCUCGGUCCUGCAGGUCCAGAGAGGGGGCGCAUGGAGGACAGUGUGUUCAGAAGGCUGGAACAACUGGCUGGGGAUCUCUGCCUGCAAGCAGCUGGGAUACUCCAGGUACGUGGAGUCAUUCUUCGUCUCUCUGACCUCCAUUGAACAGGACCUUCAAUACAACCUGGUGUCCAUCAGCCUGAGCCAGUCACAGAUCAUUAAGCUCCAGAAUGCCACAACCUUCAGGUUUGCAGACCCCUCUAUGUGGGUGGUCCACGCGGGGCUGACGGAGCAACCGGUGCACGGGGCCCAGUCUCUGGCUGUGGAGCAGAUUAUAUACCACACUCGCUACAGGCCCAAAGGACUGGACUACGACAUUGCACUGAUGAAACUGGCCAUGUCACUGGCUUUCAACGGCUUAGUGGAGCCCAUCUGCCUGCCUAACUAUGGGGAGGACUUUGAGGAGGGCACCAUGUGCUGGAUCUCUGGAUGGGGAGCAACGAAGGAUGAAGGAGAGACCAGUGUGGUUUUGCGCUCGGCCGUGGUGCCACUCCUCUCCACUAAGACCUGCAACCAGCCAGAGGUUUACCACGGCUCCAUAUCCUCCUGGAUGAUCUGUGCAGGACACCUGGAGGGAGGAACUGACUCCUGUCAGGGGGACAGUGGAGGUCCUCUGGCCUGUGAGGACUCGUCUGUCUGGAAGCUGGUUGGUGCGACCAGCUGGGGAAGUGGCUGUGCUAUGAGGAACAAGCCGGGCGUCUACACGCGCAUUACACGGUCGCUCAGCUGGAUCCGCCAACAGAUGGAGAGAGAAGAGGCUCGCGGUUCUCCAACGCUGAGCACAGACAACUGA